AUGGGGUUUCGCAUAACCACUUGGAAUGUGAACGGCAUUCGAAAUCCAUUCUCCUAUGAACCAUGGAGAGGAACUAAAACCUUUGCGUCCAUGUUUGAUAUCCUGGAAUCGGACAUUGUGGUUUUCCAAGAAACCAAAAUCCAGCGAAAAGACCUCCGAGAUGAUAUGGUCCUGGUUCCCGGGUGGGACUGUUAUUUCAGCCUUCCCCGUGUCAAAAAGGGCUACUCUGGCGUGGUGAUCUACACGCGCAACGCGACUUGCGCACCAAUCCGUGCCGAAGAAGGUAUCACGGGAGUCCUUUGCCCGCCAAAUUCAUCGCUACCUUUCCGCGAGCUACCUUCAGACCAACAAAUAGGCGGCUACCCUACAAGUGAACAGCUCACGCGGUCUAGCUCACAAACAGGGAAUGAGUCCUCAGAGGAAAACGACGACGAUAGCCCAGCGGCUGAACUAAAUAUCGAUGCGGCAACUCUGGAUUCGGAAGGACGUUGUGUGAUUCUCGAGUUUCCAGCUUUUGUCUUGAUUGGAACCUACUGUCCUGCGUACCGGGAUGAAAGCCGCGACACCUUUCGAAUGGACUUCCUCAAUGCUCUCGACGCUCGGGUUCGGAACCUCACUGCCAUGGGCAAACGGGUAUUCCUCACUGGAGACAUCAACAUCUCAAAGCUUCCCAUUGACUCGGCACAUGCUAUUGAGGGUAUUCGCAAGUGUACCACGACACAGGAGGAAUUCUUGUCCAGCCCGCCUCGGAAAUUAUUCAACGAGUUGCUCUCUGAUGGCGAGGUGGUCGGGAAACGCGAGACCGGGCGGGAGCAGCCAGUCCUCCAUGAUAUCUGCAGAUCGUUUCAUCCGGAACGUACUGGUAUGUACACGUGCUGGGAUACGAGGCUGAAUACACGACCGGGAAAUUAUGGGUCGCGGAUUGACUACGUGUUGUGUAGUCUGGGGAUGCGUGAUUGGUUCUCCAGUUCCAAUAUUCAGGAGGGGUUGAUGGGCUCCGAUCACUGUCCUGUCUACGCCGUCUUCAAUGCCGAAGUAUCCCACAACGAUGAAACGGUCCACAUCAAAGAUCUCAUGAACCCCCCGGGGUUGUUCAAGGGCGGCGAACGUCAACAAGAGUAUUCUUCGAAGUACAUGUUGCCAGCGUCUGGACGACUCCUCCCAGAAUUCGAUGUGGAUAAACGAAGAAGCAUCAAGGAUAUGUUCUCUCGGAAGCCUUCGAGCGCGCCAAAGGUAAACUCUACUCCUACGGCAUCGAAUACACCCAGCUCGAAGGAAGUUGGGAAUGCCUCGACUCCACUCGCUCAAAACGGGGGUCCGCCUUCGCUCUCUCGCAAAAGAUCACAGCCUCUCUCGAUCUCGCCCAUCAAACGCUCCAAGUCCUCCGCGACGCCCUCUGAGACUGCGACCUCCGGCCAGAAAACAUUGGCUGGAUUUUUCAAACCAAAGUCCGCUGGCAGCAACGCAGCUUCUCCGGUGCGAUCUGGAACCUCCCAGAUAUCCCCUCCAUUGUCCGGAACGACGAGCAGCAUCGAAGCGCGCGCUACAACAGACAACGCGUCUUCAAAAAUACCCUCGACGGCGCCAGGGAGUGUAUCCGUCGCGUCUACCGAAACCCCGAUCGGUGAUCUCACGCCUAGCAAGCUCGGAGGCGACCUGGUGAUCGAUCCGAUCGUCAGCAAACAAGACUGGGGCAAACUUUUCACGAAAAAGCCCGUCCCCAAAUGCGAUGGACAUCAGGAACCGUGCAUCAGUCUUACCACGAAGAAACCGGGCAUUAAUCAAGGUCGCGCCUUUUGGAUCUGCCCUCGACCCCUUGGGCCCAGCGGAGAGAAGGAAAAGGGCACGCAGUGGCGAUGCCCGACAUUCAUCUGGUCCAGUGAUUGGAAUUCAUCGGCAUCGACGGAGUCCUAG